UCCUGCACACGCAAACGCAAACGCAAACACAAACAAGCACUUGCAGUCAUUCAAAGAUAUUUACUAACCGGAGUAGUAUUAAUCAGUUUUGUAGGGAAAUAUUUGAUAUAUAAUUCACUCACACUGUGCAGGAAGAUUCUGCGUGUUGUGUCUACUCUAGAUUUGAGAUGGAGGCGUUGUUAAAGAGAGAGCUGGGCACGUCCAUGCUGAAGAGCACGGGUCAUUCAGGAGGAGGAUGCAUCAGUGAAGGCCAGAGCUAUGACACUGACACUGGCAGAGUGUUCGUCAAGAUCAACCACAAGAAUGAGGCAAGGCGGAUGUUUGAUGGAGAAAUGGCAAGUUUGGAAGCGAUCUUGUCUACAAACACGGUGAAAGCACCCAGACCUGUGAAAGUGUUGGAUCUUGAUAGAAGUGGAGCUCUUCUUGUAAUGGAGCAUGUGGAUAUGAAGAGCUUGAACAAAUGCUCAGCAAAACUGGGGGAAAAACUCGCUGACCUACAUCUAUACAACAAGAGACAGAUAGAGAAGCAAAACAAGGAGCAACAGACUGUUGGGAAAGGAUCUGGACAGUCUGAAAUUGCUACAGUCAGCAUGUUUGGGUUCCAUGUGGCCACAUGCUGUGGUUACAUCCCUCAGGUAAACGAUUGGCAGGAUGAUUGGGUGUCUUUUUACUCCCAGCAACGGCUGCAGUAUCAGCUCGGCUUAGUGGAGCAGUCAUACGGUGACAGAGAGGCACGGGAAUUAUGGGCCAAACUCCAACUGAAGAUCCAUCAGCUGUUUACUGACAUAGAGGUGGCCCCAGCUCUGCUACAUGGAGACCUUUGGGGAGGAAAUGUGGCUGAAUGUUCUGACGGUCCCAUCAUCUUUGACCCAGCAUCGUUUUAUGGCCAUUCAGAGUUUGAGCUAUGUAUUUCUGAAAUAUUUGGUGGUUUUGGGAGCUCUUUUUACAACGCUUACCAUGAGAAGAUCCCCAAGACCAUUGGGUUUGCAAAGAGACAACAACUAUACCAACUUUUCCACUACCUGAACCACUGGAAUCACUUUGGUGUUGGCUACAGGGGCUCUUCUCUACGCAUCAUGAAGGAUCUAACAAAGUAGAUUGACUCUAAUUCAUAAAGGAUCCUCUUCAAGUCUUAUUUGACAGGGGUGGAUGUUAGACUAACCCACAGCAGUUGAUGCAUUUUGCUUAUUGGUUGAAAAGUCUGCUAAUUUGGUAAUCAUGCUGUAUGAUGCAAGUCAAGUAACACACUUUGUGCAUGAUCAAAUUAAUUGAUUUUAACAUUACCAGUCUGGUGGCACAAAAAACACUGUAUAGAUGACAUGAGAAAAUCCAUUAUCUUAAAAGCUGUUUGCACAGGUGAUAAAUAUGUUAAAUAUUUAAUAUUUUAAAAGAUAGAACUGUGAAUUCAUAUACUUCCAAAAAUGUCCAGGAAAGUUUUUUAUAUGCAUCAUUCCCUUUAGUGAAUUGCACUUUAACCUUACUACAAACUAAUGUUUUGAAGAGAGGCAACUUAUGGCACUUUGCUUUAAAAUCUGAUGUGUACUUUUGUACACAAGUACAAAAGUACACAAGUACACAUCUGAUUUUAGUUAUUUGAGUACUAACAAACAAGUUCCAUUUCAGUGUUAUAAACUCUAUUCCCCACUGAUGAAUUGAUGAUCUUACUGCUGCUUUUCAGUUGAAGGAGUCUCAUCAGAUCCAAAGGCUGUUAUAUUCAGGAAAACAUUCUGUGUGCGCAUGUAAAUAAAACUUUAA